AACUCAGAAAGAAACCACAGGUUAAUCACGUGACCUGGUUUCCACAUUCUCUUUUGUACACUAGUCGGAAGUGAACGGUCAGUUUUAACAAGAUUAAGUUAAAAGGAUGGUAAAAACAAACAUUUAAUUGGAUCCAAACAAAGAAGAAAAGAAACUGUGGUUGGAGGAUACAGCAGGAUGAUGGACACACAGAGCUCCCACCCAAUCAGUCCUGGAACCAAACAGCAGGCUGCAGCAAAGACAGCAGAAAGCCCUCUUCAUGAUCACCCUUCUCUCCCAGAGCUGCGCCUGGUCCUGUUAGGCCGCAAAGGAACUGGGAAAAGUUCUUCCGGAAACACCAUUCUUGGCGUGGCUGGAGUAUUUGAGAGUGGGACGCCAACAGAGGAGUGUGUAAAAAGACGAGCUGACACAGCAAGACAUCGUGUUACAGUGGUGGAUACUCCUGGGUGGGAAUGGUACUAUUCUGGCAAUGGCACUCCUGCCUGGGUGACAAGAGAGACAAUGAGAAGUGUCACUGUCUGUCCACCUGGACCCCAUGCUUUGCUUCUGGUGAUGCGGUCCUUUGCUUCAGUCACAGAGGAUUAUUAUAAGCAGGUGGAAGAACACCUGGAGCUUUUGGGCAAGACAGCUUGGCCUCACACUAUGCUGCUGUUUACACAUGGGGAGGAACUAGGCUCCAUUCCCAUAGAGCAGAGACUACAAAAUGCAGGAAAGUCCUUUCAGAAGCUUCUCGAAAGAUGUGGAAACAGGUUCCAUGUGCUUGAAAACAAACGCUGUGGCAAAGAUGGAGCACAGGUGAAAGAAUUGAUAAGAAAAAUAGAGGAGAUGGUAAAGGAAAGAGGUGGAAGGCAUUAUGAAUAUGACCCUUUACUUCUUGGGAUUGAGGCGGAAGGGAAAAGGAGAGCAAGAGAGAGAAGAAAGAAACAAAGAAUAAUGGAGGCUCAAGCGCAAAAAGCGGUCAUAAAAGCAGUGCUCACAUCUGAUAUUGCAUCACCUGAGGACCUUGACGAAAUGAGCCUGUUCUCCAGGGGCUCCCGGCGUCUCACAGACCUGCGACUCAUCCUCCUUGGAGAAAGAGAGACAGGGAAAAGCUCUGCUGGGAACACCAUCCUUAGAGGGACUGCAUUUUUUCAAACAGGCCAGGCCACAGAGGAAUGUUCAAGGCAGCAGGCAGAAAUUUCUGGAAGACUGGUAACUGUAGUGGAUGUUCCUGGAUGGGAAGGUGGUCCUGAAGGAAUUACGCCAGACAAAGUAAAACGAGAGAUCUCUACAAGUGUGACAUUGUGUCCUCCUGGUCCCCAUGCCUUUCUGUUAACACUGAGGGUGGAUGCCCUGGUCAAAGCUACAGCAGUAAGAGAGCACUUGGAGUUACUUGGAGAAGGAGUAUGGAGACAUAUCAUAUUGCUGUUUACUAGAGGUGAUCAGCUGAGAGAAGGGGUUACUAUUGAACAACAUAUUCAAGGAGGAGGGAAAGAUCUUCACUGGCUGAUGGAGAAGUGUGGCAACAGAUAUCAUGUCAUCAGCAGCACUGUCUUGGAAGGUGACACCUCCAAAACUCAGGUAACUGCACUCUUAGAAAAGAUUGAAAAAAUGGUUUCAGGAAAUCGAUGUGAGGCUUUCUCGCCAAUUGUGCAGGAGAUUCAGGACCUCGGAAAGCAGAAAAAUGAAAGGUUCAAUGUGAAGCUAAGAGAAGUUAAUGAGAAGCUUCAGCGUCAAGAGGUGGAGCUCAAGAGGAUGAGAGAGAGGGAGGUAAAAAGUAUCAGGCGGCUUUUCGACUGGAGAAAAGACAAAGUCAAAUCGCCAGAAAAUAAAAGGAAGGAAAAAGGGGAGGGAAUGGAUCGGACCGAAGAUGACAGAAAGAGCAUCAUGAGUGAGCUAGAGGAGAGGAUGGCUUGGUUAACAGAGGAUAGAGAAAAGGAGAUUCAUGAGCUAGGCCUGGAAAACAACAGGAUCAUUGCAGCUCUCAAUCAGGGGUACAGAGAGAGGGGGGAGAUUAUAAUUAAGUUAGAAGAAAAGGAAAGAGAGAAUGAGGAAUUUAAAGAAAAAGUGGAUGAGCUACAAGUUAAUAUCAUAGAUCUUAAACGUGUCAGUAUGUUAAAAGAGCAAGAAAGAAUUGAAAGAGAGGAAAAGCUUACAAAAAGGCAUGAGGAUGCUGAGAAUGAGCUAAAAGGGCAAUUGAACCACAAACAGAAAGAGGGGGAGGAGCUAAAAGGAAGAGUUGAAGAGAUGCAGAAGAUGAUGGCCGAAUCAAAAUUAACAUAUGAAAGAGAUAUCUUAAUUAAAAGACAAGAGCAGGAGAAAAUGCUAGCAGAGAAAAAUGGACUUGAAAAAAGGCUCGAAGAGGAACAGAAGGAGAUGGAAGAAAUGAAAUUGAAAACUGAAAUCACAGUAAGAGAGCUAGAGGAAAAAUUGAGAGAAAUGAGUGAAAAGAGGGAAGCAGAAAAGAAUAAACUUAGUGAAAUGAUAGAACUGAUGACAACAGAAAUGGAAGACCUGCAGGUUGCUUUUAGACAACAAGUGAAGUCUUCUGAAGCUGCAAGACAAAUGCAUGAAGAUACUGUAUUAAAAUACAAUCAGCUUGUAGAUAAACUUGUGGGGAAAGAUGCAGAAAUUGGAGCUAUAAAGCAGAGACAAAGUGAGCAAGAGAUGGCUACGAAUAUUGAAAUUCAAAAGAAACUGAAAGAGAAAGAUGCAGAAAUAUCUGAUUUGGUUAAAAAACACAUGGAGAAGGAGCAGGAAAUUGAAAUCCUGAAACAAUCUUUUGAUGCCAAACAAAGAACAAUGGAAAAUGAAAAAAAUGAUACUAAGGUGAAAAUGGCUGAGUAUGUCUCUAGGAUAAAAGACUUAGAGAAUGAGUACAAAGAGAUGGAAGAGUUCUUGAGAAGAGAAAAUGUGAUAAUAAAAGAGGAAAUGGACAUAAUGAAACAUUUGAAUGAGGAGAUGGCUAGAAAAAAAGAUGAUGACACAAGGAAGACCUUAGAGACAAAGGAAAACACUAUUAAUCAUUUACAGCAACAGAAUGAAGACAGUAUAUCCCAAAUUGAGGACUUUAAAAAGCAACUAAACAAAGUCCAAAUCAAAGUGGAGAAUCUAAAAAAUCAAAAUGCAGCACUCAUUCAGGACUUAGAUGGACUGCACAUAACAUGUGAGGAAUAUAAAAGGGACCUGCAGGCCCAGAUUAUAAAAAAUGAGAGCAGGGAGAAAGAGAUUAAAGAUAUACUCAACCAAUCUGAAGAAAUGGGGAAAAUCAAAGAUGCAUUGAAUCAGGAGCACAUUAAAAAGAAAGAAAAUGAGAUUAAUUCGUUGAAACAGACAAACCACAUGCAGCAAAUGGAGCUGGAAGUUAUGAAUGAAAGGGGUAAAGAUCUGGAGAAGAGAACUGAAGAAAUGAAAAACUACUAUGAGGAGAGGCUUUCAGAAAGGAUUGCUGAAAUGGAUGUUAAGGAUGCAGAAAGGGAACGAAGACUGCACAAUAGAGAGAUGGAGCUUUGUGAAAGAGAGCAAAUCUUGGAUAAAAAUAUGAAAGAGCUUGAAAGAGGUAAAAAGGGCUUGGAAAAAAGAGAUAAUGAUAUAAACUGCAGGGAAGAAGAACUAAGAGAUGAAAAACAGCAGCUGCAUAAAAGAGAAGACGAUGUAAGAAAUAAGGAAAAUGAAAUAGUGCAAAGAGGAAAAGAGCUGACACAAAAAGAAAAGGAACUUGAAAGCAAGUACAACGAACAGAGGGAUUUGUCUGAAAAGCAGGAAUUAAAAAGAGAAAUGCUUACGAAGCAGUUAGAAGAGAAAGAAAAUGGGUUGAAAAAAAUAGAAGAAGAACUUGCAAUUAAACAAAAUGAUCUCCAGGAUCAAUCAAAAGAGUUGGAAUGUCACAAAAAGAAUCUAGACAUCAGAGAUGAGGAAUUCAGGAAAAGAGAGCAGCAGUUACUAGAGACAAAGCAGUUAUAUGAGGCCAAGAUUCAAGACCUGUCAAAGAGCAUGCAGGCACUGGAGCAAAACAAGCAGGACAUUGAAAAACAACAAGCAGAACUAACUACCAAAGAAUGUAGCCUCAUGCAAAGAUCAGCUGACUUUCAGAAUAAAGAGCAGGAGCUUUUCCAGAGAGAACAUGACCUUCAGAUCAAAUACCAAGAACUGAAGAGUAUUAAGGACAUGCUUGAUAAAAGAGAGCAAGAAUGUGUUGAUAAACAAAAAGAAUUAGAUAUAAAGGAAAAACAAAUUGCCAAGAAAUAUGAGGAUUUUGAGGCUGCAGAAAAAAUACUGGAAACAAAGGAGAAGGCACAAAGAGAAUUUUCUGAAAAGCAUGAAAAGGAAAUUGAAAACAUUAAGCAACAGCUUGAAGAGAAAGAACAGCAACUGACAACAAUGCAGGAUGAAAUUUUCAUAAAACAAAGUAAUCUUGAAAAAGAGAAGAAAGACUUGGAGAAUCUCAGGGAAAAUCUGGCUAACAAAGAAAAAGAACUUAAGAAAAUAGAGCAAGAGCUACUGAAUUCUGAUGAGCUGUGUAAAGUCAAGGCACAGGAACUGGAGAACAGCAAACUAGAUAAUGAAAAAUGUCAAGCCGAACUAAAUAAUAAAGAAUAUGAUCUGUUUCAGAAGACAAAUGAACUUCAUAAAAAAGAACAGGAGCUUGUCCAAAAAGAACAUGACAUUAAUAUCAAAUACCAAGAUAUGUUAGAGGCAAAUAAGAAAAUGGAAGAACGUGAACAUGAGUUAUUGUGCAAGCAAAAAAUCCAGGCAGCUGAAACUGAUCAAUUAGAAAAUGAAUUAGAGACUAUCAAACAUGGGUUGGCAAUGCAAGAACAAGAACUGAGGAGUAUUAAAGAUAUGCUUGAAAAAAGAGAGCAAGAAUGUAACGAUAGAGAAAAAGAAUUAGAUAUGAAGGAAAAACAAUUUGCCAAGAAAUAUGAAGAUUAUGAGGCUGCAGAGAAAAUACUGAAAACAAAGGAAGAGGCACAAAGAGAAUUUUCUGAAAAGGAGGAAAGGGAAAUUGAAAACAUUAAGCAACAGCUUGAAGCAAAAGAACAAGAACUGAUGACAAUGCAUGAUGAACUUUCGACAAAACAGCACACUCUUCAAAAAGAAAAGAAAGACUUGGAGAUUCUCAGAGAGAAUCUAGAUAAUAGAGAAAAAGAAUUCAUGAAAAGAGAGCAGGAGUUACUGAAUUCUGAGGAGAUGUGUAAAGUCAGGGCACAGGAGUUGGAAAAAAUCAAACUAGAUAAUGAAAAAUGGCAAGCUGAACUAACUAAUAAGGAAUAUGAUCUGCUACAGAGGUCAAAUGAACUUAAUAAAAAAGAACAGGAGCUUGUCCACAAAGAACUAAAAAACCAAGAGCUACUGGGCAAAAAUCAUGAGGUUGAACCAGUCCAACAGCAGCUUUUGAGCAACCAACAAAAGGAGAUGACUGAAAAAUGGCAAAGUGAAUUAGAAGAUUUCAGAAGUACUUUAGCCAAGAGGGAGCAAGAACUGGCUAAGAAAGAGGAUGAGUUUCAGAAAAGAGAACAAAAUAUUAGGAGUGCAGAAAUAUAUUUGGACAAGAGAGAGAUAAUUGUCCAGAAAAGGGAAGGCGAGGUACAAGCUAAUAAAGAGGAAAAUGACAGGAUGAUGAAUGAUAUCAAGAAAAAACAAGAAAUUAUAGAAGAGAUAAAAUGUUCUAUAGAAACAAAACAGCAAGAGUUAUGCAAACUGGAAAAAGAAUUUGGAAUCAGAGAGCAAAACGUCACAAAUAAGGAACAAGACCUAAAUAAUUUACAUAAAGAAUUGGAAAUUAAGGAGCACAACAUGGAAAAACAAGAACUCGAUCUAAAGUUGAAAAAUCAAGCAUUCAAAAAAACAGAACAAGAGUUGAAUGAACUAAAAAUAACACUUGAAUCCAGGAAGAACUAUUUAGAUACUCAUACUGCUGAAAUAGAGAACCAGAAACGUGAAAUGAACAUUGAGAAACAAAUGUUGAAGAUGAAAUCAGAGCAGUUGGAAAAGUGGGGGAAGUAUCUUUACAACAUGGAGCUUAAAAUGAUCAACAGUAAUCCCAGUCCUGAUUUUCAACCAUGGAACCAAAGGACAGCAUCGAAUAUAACAGAGACAUGGGACAAUGAAACAAUGUAUCAAGAGAUAGGGAUUGAUAAUAGAACAUGUGAUAAUGGAAAUAACAGUGCAGUAGACAAUGACCAGAGUUUGAAAAUGGCUUCAAUAUCUGAAAUGACAAACAGUGAGCUUGAGAAUGAGGUAUUAUCUUGCCAGAUUGAAGACAAAAUAACACUAAAUGUCAAAAUAAAAGAGUACAAGAAUGGAGCAAAGAAGCAGGAAGCAGGUAGUCUUACUAAAGAGGAUGAAAUUGAGGAAUUCUUUGAGUCAGCUGGGUCUGAUUGUCAAGUGAAUCUAGGCAUAGUCUACCAACUUUCUGAACUUAAGUUGAUGCUUAUCGGAGAAGCCUGGUCAUCUCAUCAGACAGCCACACGCACUAUCCUGGGGCAAGAUGUCGAUGUUGGCAAGCCAUGGAGAGGACGCAUAUCUGGCAAGCCGUUACUGGUUGUGGAGCCCCAUGGGAUAAAAUGGAGAUGUUCCAGAGAUAUGACUUUUCAAAAGGAUCUUAUACACAGUGUUUCACUGUGCAAACCUGGCCCUCACGCCUUUGUUCUUCUCCUGCCUGCUUAUUUAACCUUCACAGGACAGUACAAAAGUGCAGUGGAUUACACGAUGGCCAUGCUUGGAGAUGCUGCAUGGAAGCAUACUGUUGUUCUGUUUACAUGGGCAGAGGCUCUUGGAGAAAGUGGACAACAACACAUAAAGAGAAACAGCGACUUGGAAUGGCUUAUCCAAAAAUGUGGUGGUAGAUAUCAUGUACUGGAUAACAGGCACAGGGAAGCUCAUGUAGUAGAGUUUUUGGACAUGAUUUAUGAGAUGGUGGCAGCAAACCAUGGACAUUAUUACCAAGCACAGUGACUGACAUUAUUGCCACUAUAAUGACAACAGGUUAAUUAUGUGACAAAAUGGCAAAACUUCUAAUUUUGUAAUUUUAAUGUAUUCUAUAGGUUUUUAUGUAAUAUUGUUUGUAACUUUUGCUUGUUUUUUAAUUAAUAAAUGAGUACUAUGCAAGUAAUUGUUUUCUACUUUAUAUUUGCAAGGAAAUUUCAGAAUAAAUUUUAAGGAAGGAGCGUUAAAAAUACAUAGAGAGACAUACUUCCCUCUAUGAGGACCUAAAGAGUUUUCAAUUUUCCAUCUUGUGUGGAGAAAGCUGUUAUCAGUAUUAAUCUCUUUUAUUUCACAUUUAAUUAUUUAAAAUGCUAAGAAACCCAUAAAGUAAUUAAUGAAAUCUCUAUAAAACAAAAGUAUCUUAAUUUCCAUCUUUGGCAGGAGUGCUGCUACACCUUACGACAGUUUAUAAAUUUAUCUUAAAUCCCAGUUGGAAAUAAUCUGCAAAUGUUUAACUGUCUGUUUAACAAAUUUAAAUUAAACAACACAUCUCAGAUUGCAUGUCAUAUUUUUCAAAUAGCAAAUAAUACCUCAUAGCAAAUAGUAAAUUAAAUGAAAACAGUAUCAGUUGUAUGGACACAAACUCUGAUGGUUAACAUAUUGACAUGAUAGAGCCACUGCGACACCUGCUGGCUCCAUUGUGAUCUUAAUUUUAUAGGACCAUAAAAUUCUAAUCUUACCAAUUAGAACAUACCUAGAUGUAGUUAUAGCUCUACAAUCAU